AUGGUUGGCGCCUCUCACAUUUUGGUGGCCCUGGCGGCGAUCGCCAGCGCUGCCCCGUUCACUUCAUCUGGCCACACCUGCAAACAAGUCCAGCAAGUCCAGUUUGAUUUCGCAAAGGGCACGAACAAGACGAGGCCUGUUGUUGAUGGCAUCGACACUGCCAUCGUGAUGGGACUCACGGGUAUUGUCGAGCAACAGCUUAAGCAUAUUGUUUCAAUUGAUUUCACAAAUUCCGCGGAUAUUGUCAACUUUUUCGACAUCAACAUCCGUUACCUCGGCGGUCUCCUAAGCGCGUAUGACUUGAUCAAGAGCGGUCGCUUCCCCAACCCUUACGAUGAAAAGCUCGAAGCAUUGCUGUCCCAGGCAAGGAUCCUGGCUACUACCAUCAGUCCUGUAUUCGACACGGCUACUGGUCUACCAGCGCAAAUGAACUUGUCUUCCCAACAGGUCAUUCGGAGCACGACGGCCGUGAACGAUCUGACAGGCGGUGAAUCUUUCCGCCAGAUGGCCCAAAAAGCCGAGAAGUACUUGGUCAACCCCAAGCCUGCCCCGGCAUUCCCGGCUCUUGUUGGUACUGAGCCCGACACCGAAACCGGCAUCACCUUUGAUGGCGGAUGGCUGGCUGGAGUUGACAGUUUUAUCGAGGUGAAUAACUCAGACCAUACACCGUUUCCCCCUUAUUUCACCUUCCUCUCUCAGCUCGACCAGAAUGGCAGUAUCAUGUGGACAAUAACUGGGAAUAAAGGUGACGGACAGCUGUCACUGGCUGCUUACAAUAAAAAUGCCACAAAUCGCGCCUACGCAGCGAAGAACGGCUACAUUAUCGAGGAUCCGUCCUUCCGCUCGUACCCCGAGCCACUGGAGAGUAACUUUUACGCCUAUCGGAUCAUGGGAGGCUCCCGCUGGCAGGACUACAAUUGGGAGAUCUUCCAGGCGCUGAACACGACUCGCUCGAAGUCGGUUCCGUACGCGGAGAUUACUGAUGUGAAUGCGCCGUAUGGCGGGGAGCUGGUCAAUUUUGUGUCUAGCUUCUACUUCACCGAGGCGCUCAAGUACUUGUAUCUCAGCUUCACUGAGCCCGAUGUCGUUAGUCUGGAUGACCUUGUGUUUAACACUGAGUGCCUUCCUGUCUUGAAGAAGAAGGCGUGCUAG